GUUAUCUGCAAACGCAGAACACAGAAUUUAAAAAAGGGUCCUCUAAAUAAAUGAUCCACAGGUAGUUUGGUUUGUUUGUUUUGCAAAAUUGCACUUGCCUCAAAUGUGCAAUUUACAAUUAACUACAUAGUUAUUACUUCUUACUAUUAUUACAUUAAGAGCAAUGAUAUUCGAAGAAGUACAAGGGUACAUACCAAAACAUUGGUACCCAAUGGAUAUAUUCAAUGAAAGAUACAAAGUUAUCCCACUGGAUCCUCGCAGUGAAGAAUACACAUUCGUCUAUGACUUAGUAAAAGGCAGCUACUACACGUACAUGGAAGGAAUAUUCAAAAUUCAAAACCCUCUCUUGUACACAAAGUACUGCCUAAAAAAGAAGGACUACGAAAGUCGAGGUUCUGUAUCUGAACUGCAUCUUUUCCAUGACACUGACAGCAACAACGCCGAAUCAAUUUCCUGCUACAACUUUGACUGGAGAAUGGGCAAGCGAUUCAAGUAUGGGCCAGGGGUGUACUUCUCUGCAGCACCAAAUCUGGCCAACAAACAUUCCUGCAGAAGCAACGGACUCUUUAGGUCAAUGUUCGUCGCCGACGUCCUGAUUCAGAACUCUCAGGUGGCGGACUCGAACAUUUUUCUGCCUGACUAUGGAUUCGACACUGUCAGAAGUCUCAAUGGGGCCACAUUUGUUAAGUAUUUUGAUUGUGAAUACUAUCCCAAGUAUUUUGUUAAUUAUGUUUCCGUUUUAUAAUUUUAUAUCAAAAAUUGUUUUGACGAAAUUAUAUUUUUCAGUUUUAUAUUUUAUGUUGUUAAUUAUAUAAUGUAUUUCAUUAUAAAAAUAUUUUUUAUAAUGUAAAAGAGUGAGACUGAUAUUUCUAAGAUACUUUAAGUACUUGUCUAAGAAUUAGUUACCUACCUGUAUAUGUAAUAAAUAAAUUCUUAUUUUUUAUGGUAACAUUA